UUUUAUGUCAAUAUUUAUAUAUUAUAUAAUUGCUUGGUAACUAGACUGUAGUGUAACAUUUUGCUUUUACCUACUUACAUAUAACUGUCCAUUAAUAGACAUACGUGUAAAUAUGUCGGAAUUAAAUGUACGUGAGGCAACAUUUGAUGACAAAGAUGAUAUUCUUAACCUUGUUGAAUUCAUUGAUGGACUGGAUUACUUACAUGAAUGCUUCGAUUUUUUCCAGAAUUGUCCGAACAUCUGUUCGUAUGUAUGUGAGGCAAGAAACCAAAUAAUUUGUUAUGUUGCCUGUCACCGUAUUGAUGAUGGGGAUACAAUCUUAACGCGUGCAGCACGGGUAAGACAAGACUAUCAGGGCAGAGGUAUAUACCGACAUACGCUGGUGGAAAUAGAGGCAAUGCAGAGAAGAAAGAGAAUCUUCCAGCGUUCUGUCGUUACAGCGCUUAAACCGCCAGCACGGUUGAAUUUACAAACAUAUUUUCCUGUUGCUACAAAGGAGGCACAUGUUUUUGAAUUUAAAAGAAGACAAUUUAUGAAUACAUCAGUUCGCUUGAUCAAAGGAUUUGGCGAAACCGUCCAAAGCUUAGAAUGUAUUCCGGAAGCGUACUUGUCCAAACCAUAUUCCAGGUAUCUAUUUCCCGAGGAACGAAUGAUAGUCGGCUCAGUACCACUGCGCAUCAUCAGGAGUAAUCUUAAAGAGAUAACCGGAAGAAAUAAUAGAUUUGCAUCUAAUGUUUAUAUCAAUAAAUGCGAGAAUCAAGAAAAUGUUCAAAAUCCUCCAGUCAAAGGUCUUUUAACAGCAAGUUCUGUAUAUAGUACGAAAGACUUUGUAGAGUUUGUCUUGCUACUUGAUGUAUUUGGAAGCAACCUAGACAGCUUAAGCAAUCAUGUAGCAUUUCAUCUUACGCGUCUUGGAGAAUCGAAAGCUGAACACGUGACUCUCAAAGUCUUUACAUCUAACGGCUGUGACAGUUCAAUAAUUGACAAAACACUCAGUCAGUUUGGAAUUAACAGAAUUGUUGAGGGACCGCGCUUUAGCAGUUAUAAUAAGCUCGAAGCUUAUGAGAAACGUAUGCAGUUUGAUCUGAAAUCAGUAGACAAGAACUCAGUACAUCAGUAUGAUAAAGUCAAGGAUGAGAAGAUGAGAAAUAAUUUACGGCGAGUCAAGUGUCGGACACCGUCUAAACAGAGACCGAGGGCAAGGGCGAGUGCCAAUGGGCGAGAUUUAUUGUUGUAUUACGCCAAGCUGAGGGCAAGGGCGAGUGCCAAUGGGCGAGAUUUAUUGUUGUAUUACGCCAAGCCGAUUGGCAAGGAUUAUGAUUUAGCAAAUAUUCAGUUGUAUUACGCCAAGCCGAGGGCAAGGGCGAACUCCAAUGGGCGAGAUGUAUUGUUGUAUUACGCCAAGCCGAUGGACAAAGACGAGAUUUAUGGUUCUAUAAUUAUUCCAAGAGUUGAGGAGUUCUUCUGGAUACAUUGUCGCCUAGAGUUCUCGGGAUGGAUAUGUGUUGGUUUUGUUGUCUGCCACCGUGUUGAUAAUGGAGAAACUAUUCUUACUCGUGCAUCACGUGUAAGACCGGAAUUUCAGGGGAAAGGUGUGUAUAGACAGAUGUUGAUGGAAAUCGAGGAAGUACAGAAAGAAAAAGGAACCGCCCGGCGAUAUGCUGUAGUAAAGACUAGGCCACCUGCAAUGACACAGUUUCAAACAUACACGUCUGUUGCUAGAAAGGAAGCACACGUUUUCGAGAUUGCAGAAAAACAACAUGUGGAAACAUCCAUUAGCGACAUAAAGAGAAUCGACGGAAGCUUGCAAAAAUUAGAAGGUAUUCCAGCAUUGUAUUUGUCGGAGCCAUAUUCAAACUAUUUAUUUCCCGAGGGUCGUAUUAUAGUCGAUUUAGUACCAAUGCGCCUCAUCGAAAGUAAUCUCAAUGUAAAUAUGUCGGAAUUAAACGUACGUGAGGCAACAUUUGAUGACAAAGAUGAUAUUUUUAACCUUUUUGAAUUUAUUGAUGGACUGGAUUAUUUACAUGAAUACUUCGAAUUUUUCCAGAAUUGUCCGAACAUCUGUUCGUAUGUGUGUGAGACAAGAAACCAAAUAGUUGGUUUUGUUGUCUGCCACCGUGUUGAUAAUGGGGAAACUAUUCUUACUCUUGCAUCACGUAUAAGAUCGGAUUUUCAGGGAAAAGGUGUGUAUAGACAGAUGUUGAUGGAAAUCGAGGCGGUUCAGAAAGAAAAAAGGACCUCCCGGCGAUAUGCUUUAGUGAAGACUAGGCCACCUGCAAUUACGCAUUUACAAAAAUACAUGUCUGUUGCUAGAAAGGAAGCGGAGGUUUUCGAGAUUGCAGAAAAACAACAUCUGGAAACAUACAUAAGCGAUAUAACAGGAAUCGAUGAAAUCUUGCAGAAAUUAGAAGGUAUUCCAGCGGCGUAUUUGUCGGAGCCAUAUUCAAAUUAUUUAUUUCCUGAAGGUCGGAUCAUAGUCGAUUUAGUACCAAUGCGCCUCAUCGAAAGUAAUCUCAAACUUUUAUCAAGAGGAAGCACUGUCUUUGUAUCUGAUGUUCAUAUUAACCCGAGUGAAUGCAACAAACUGACACUUUUGGAUAACCCUCAAGUUAAAGGUAUCUUAACGGCAAGCUCUGCAUAUUGUACGAGAGACUUUACAGAAAUGGUUUUGAUAUUGGAUGUGUUCGGAAGAGACCUAAGCAACUUCAACAGCCAUGUAGCAUGUCAUCUAAAGCGCCUGAGCGAGUCAACUCCGCAACAGGUGAAUUUUAUAAUAUUUUCUUCCAAAGGCUGCGACAGUUCAGUAGUUGAUUACACACUUGGCCAGUUUGGAAUUAAGAAACUUACGGAGGGGCAGCGUCUAGAAGAUUAUGUUAAACUAGAAGUUUAUGAGAGAGCUCUGUCUUAACUAUCGUAAGGAUGACAUUUAGGUUGGCGACGAAAUUUUAAGAAAAAUGACGUUUUAUUCAGUUUUUUUCUCUUUAAUAUCACUGUUCAUGAAAUUUUCAACGAAAUCUCUUUUUAAAACUUAUAUCAAAACAAACGAUGCAAAGAUGUAAUGUGAGACCUGAACACCAAAGACUUUAGUCACUGUGGUACUGAAUCCAUUUUGAAGUUGGGCAUUAGUAAAGAACAGCACAAAUAACCCGCGUAUAACUUUUCCAAUUUCUGUCAAUGCUAUCAAUCAUCAGGAUGAGAUGAACAUUUUCUUUUGAUAAUAAGUUUAAUCUACACAUAUAUUUGUUGACUUUUUUCCGACAAGACAUUUUAAUAUAUCGAAUUUCUUAUGAGCAGUAUAUCCAAUCAUAUCAUUUUACUAUCAACCAUCUGCCAAAAAUAAAUGUUUUACACACAAAUAAUGAUUAGAUAGAAAGUUACUGAGCCGUGGAUUUUACGUGCGAAAUAAGUUGGUUUGCAUGUCCUCUUUCACUGAUUGAUAUCAUAACCCCCAAAGCACAUUUAUCUUGUAUUUGUUUGAAUAUCAAAGCCAGAAUAUCACUUUUAAAUUUAAAACUUCAGAACAAAGCAAAAGCCGUAAUUUGAUAAUUUAAGCCAGAAUAUCACAAAGAAAUGUCCGUUAACUGAAAAAUAAUUCUUUAAGACUUUAUUUGAUCAAAACAUCGUUACUUUGAAUUUCUGUUCAUUUUGUGGAGAAAGAUGAUUUAGACCCGUGCUUGAAUUCAGUGCUGUUAUAAUAUCUGGUCAUUUAGUAACAUAGAGUCCAUUUAAUAGAUUUUUAAAAAAAGAGUUCCCUUAAACCGGUGCUAGGGGGCGUGAACCGGGUCUGCUAUUAUUCUGCUUGGUUGCAUUCUAUGCUCCUAAAAGAUCUCUUUUUUACACAUUUUAUUAACUAUCACAACAUCAAUAUUUAAGUGCCGUUUAGCGGCAGUAAACUGUCUCCCCAUACUUGGAUUCAGUGUUGCUAUAUUUUCUGGUCCUUUGGGAUCGUGGAGUCCAUUCAAAAGAUGUAUAAUAGAGUCCCGCUUAAGCCGGUGCUAGGGGGCGUGAGGGGUGUUGCACAUUUCAUUACCUAUCAUGAACAGACUCAAUCAAACCGAGUCUGCUAUUAUUCUGCUUAGUUGCAUUCUAUGCUUCCAAAGGAUCUUUUUACAUAUUUUAUUAGAACGGUUCUGUUUGUAGGAGAUCACUGAUACAUCAUCCUACGCAGUUGGACCGUAACCUGAAUGGAUUAACAUUGACCAAAUAUUCAUAUCGCA